CGGAGGAGCAAUGGUCACCCGGGAUCGAGCUGAGAAUAGGGACGGCCCCAAGAUGCUGAAACCGCUUGUGGAGAAGCGGCGCCGGGAUCGCAUCAACCGCAGCCUGGAGGAGCUGAGGCUGCUGCUGCUGGAGCGGACCCGGGACCAGAACCUCCGGAACCCGAAGCUGGAGAAAGCGGAGAUCCUGGAGUUCGCCGUGGGCUACUUGAGGGAGCGCAGCCGGGUGGAGCCCCCGGGGGUUCCCCGGUCCCCAGCCCAGGACGCCGAGGCGCUCGCCAGCUGCUACUUGUCCGGCUUCCGCGAGUGCCUGCUCCGUUUGGCGGCCUUCGCGCACGACGCCAGCCCGGCUGCCCGCGCCCAGCUCUUCUCCGCGCUGCACGGCUACCUGCGCCCCAAACCGCCCCGGCCCGAGCCGGUAGAUCCCAGGCUCCCAGCGCCACGCCAAACGCUGGACCCCGCCGCACCGGCCCUUGGCCCCGCGCUGCACCAGCGCCCCCUAGUGCACCAGGGCCCCCCUAGCCCGCGCUGCUCAUGGUCCCCAGCUCUCUGCUCCCCCCGCGCCGGGGAUCCCGGCGCGCCGGCGCCCCUCACUGGACUGCUGCCGCCGCCGCCGCCGCCGCCGCCUCACAGACAAGAGGGGGCUCCCAAGGCCCCGCCGCCCCCGCCGCCCGCGUUCUGGAGACCUUGGCCCUGAGCUUUGGGGGUGUGGGGGCAGGGGCUGGGGACGGGGUAGAGACUCCAGCUCGAGGGCAGCAGAGGGACCCGGGCGUCCGGGAGAGGAGGUGUUGGGGAGGGCGGCGGGGCGCGCGGGCGCAGCGCGCGGGUGAGAUGUGGUCUAUAUUAGAGUAUCUAUAUAAAUAUAUAUUUCCCUGGUUCCUGUCCCUUUUCCCUGCCCCCUUUCCACUGCGUCUAGGAUUGUACUCUCUCUGCCCCUGGCCCAGUCUCAGUCCCUUCCCAAGUCCCUAGUGCAUGGAAUAAAGUGGUUAUUAAAUCCCCAUGUGUCCCCGAGCCAGGGGCCUGCCUUUAUCUCGGCGUCCACGCCCACUUUCCCUUCCCUUCUGUCUCCCACCCCCAGUCUUGCUCUCCAUGGCCCAAGCCCCGGGGCAGACAGGUAAGUAAAGAAGAGAGCAGAGCGGAAACUGAGGUUGGAACUGAAACGAAGUGGAAAACACAGAGAUAGGGUAGGGGGAAAGGGGAUGGGAGCCUUUAAGAAAAAGCCGGAUUAAGAGAAAAGGUAACAAGUGAAAUAAAACCGACUCUGGUGGGAUUCGAACCCACAACCUUUGAAUCGCUUGUUUCGUCACUAGAAGUCCAAUGCGCUAUCCAUUGCGCCACAGAGCCACCUGGCGAGUGGCGGCGUCUGGUGACCUACGGGUAUUAGCAUAGGAAAGGGGGCGGGUUGGGGGAGUGUGUGUGAGGGAAUUGGGCGGGUCGUGGCAGGAGCACGCGGUUUGGAUCUCAAAGGGCGCAGAGCACCUGAGCCGGGUGGGAGUGAGGGCACGCAUGUGUGGCAGAAACGGGGAGGGAGAGCGAACGAAUGUGAGCGAGGGAGUGCAGAGCUGCGGCUGCCCGCUUACGGGGUGCUUCCAGCUCCGGCGCACCGCACUCCCAGAUGUGGCCCAACCCAAAUAAACUUGCUUCGUUGUACAUU